AUGCCGACUACGAUGCCGGCAAAAAUUUUGCGAAUGUACUACGUCUACGGUUCAAAUUUGGAAAUGAUCAUGCAGACAAUGGACUCCGGACAAGGAGCCUCCUUCCGUGGAAACUCACUGGGGCUACGUAUCCUAGAUGUCUACUUCAACUCAGUCUCGGCUAGUUGGCUCGUCGGUUGUUUCACUCGUCUUCGUGAGGCUGCGCUUGCUGGCCCUUAUACGCCAGCCUGCCAAGCCUUCUUGUCGGCUAGCCGACGCAGACCCACCUCAGCCGCGACUCCAUCUGUAUCAGCAGUCGUCCCGUUUACAUCUCCCCGGUUCCAACAAUUAGUAACUCAGUCACAAACAGACUCGUAUGUUGUUCCAGCAACUAUAUCGACGACAAGCAAUAGCUCAAUUUGUCUGACAGGAUCUACUCCAUCUAGACAUCCACAACAUUCACUAUUUCAUCAUCAAAACCAUUACAAUCACUCUCAAAUUACCUAUAACCAUCGUCAUCACCAGCCCCACAGACAUCGACAUUAUUCUCAGCAGCACCAGCGCCCACAUGCACAGCCUCAACAGAAAUUAAAAGCACUUCUUCAGUCGGAGCAACGACAUUCCGCGGAACAAGUCAUCAGCCAUUGUCCCAUUUCCCCUUCAAUUUCCCCAUCUUCCUCCCCUCCUUCCUCCUCCCCAACCACUACAUCUUUUUCUAACUCACCGUCCCCCCCACCACCGCCCUCAACAUUUCCGUCCCAGUGUGCCCUAACACCUUCCUCACAGUCAAGUUAUUCCACUUUUACACAAUCGUCUCUUCCACUGCUUGUAAGUCCAACACUUGAAGUCAGUUCUGAUGCUCAGCAAUCGUGUAAUAGUCCCAGGACAUCCACUCACCAGACAUCUUCUCCGUCACCACUACCGCCAUUGCUUUCUCUGUCUUCAUCUAGCGUCCAGGCAACUGGCCAUUCUUGGUGGCCUUGCGGAGCCUCUACUUCUACAGGAGCUAUAGGAAAUCAAACAGAAUAUGAUCAAUCCAUCGCCACGCAGCAACCGGGUGCGACCGAAGCAACAUCUUUCCGACCAAACCAGCCGCUACAGCAACAGUUUCUGCGAUCUGCCAUCUUGAACUCUAGCUUAACUGGAGCGAAUUCCGCGAGGGCAUUUGUCCCAAAUUGUUCGUCUAUGGAUGACGAAUUGCUCAGCUCUGGAAAUAUACAAAUUCUUGCUUCUGGCAAGACUAACUUAGGUUGUUGUCAAUUUCCUAUCAAGCCGCACGAGGUGCUGACACCCAACGCUUCUGAUCAACCCUCAGUGUCACUUCCUUUAUUUGGCUCCACUUCCAGCCUUACUCCAAAGCACACUCCUACACCAACGCCGACACCGACUCCCACUCCGACACCAACACCUACUCCUACGUGCGGAAGCCUUGGUAGCAAUCUCAUUUCUAAUUGGCAUUGUUAUUUGACCAUUACUUUACUUGACGAUCUUCUUCGCUUCGCUAGGGAGCUACCUCUACAGAUGCGGUGGAUAUAUUCCGAAAUUCAGCGUGCUAUGCCUAUUCGCGAGGCCAAAGAUUCUACUGCUGUGCUCUGCAACAUCAUUUGCCUUCGUGGACUAUGUCCAAUUCUGACUUUGGUUUCUCCCGACACGGGCAGUUUCUCUAGUGCCAUCAACUUUUUUGGCUGUUCAUCUGGACCUACUUACAAUCACACUACUAAUAAUGUUGUCCCACCUGCGGGUGCCUGUAGUGGUGGUAUUGUGGCAUGUGGCACUGGACUCAAUGUCGCGCCAAGUCGGCCAGGCACAUGCUGUGAAUUCUUUUGCACCUGCUAUAAUGCCAGCAGUAACUAUUGCUGUAUCUCACCCCCAGGGAACCCGAUGGCUUACCCACUGCUUCCUGUUUUAGCUAACAGCGGCUUUCUAGCAUCGUCGUCUUCUGCAUCAGCUAUUAACACUGCGUUUCUUUCCGUCUCUUCAUCUUUCUCAUCUUCUUCCUCGUCUUCAUGCUCAUCUUCUUCAUCUUCCUUCUCUUCAUGCUCCUCUCCCUUCUCAUCCUCUUCUGCUUUCUCUGCAGCUCUAUCUUGCCCUUGCUCUUCUUCGACUAUCUCUGGCUUAUAUCAGUCUCUUCAAUCUGACAGUCAUCCAGUUGUUAGUAGUGGUUGCAAUGUCAACCAGGUGGGCCGAAGUGAUGAGGUGCAGAUGAUCGCCCUACAAGCUUCUGCCAACUCCUCGACACUAGAGAGUGGAGGUGGACGCUUUGCAAAACGAGGCCUAAUUUCGACCGGACAGCUUAAUCCAAUGAGGGAGAUUGACCUCUGGAUAACAUCUAGCUCUACCUAUACCACAGUAAAUCCGUUUUAG